AUGAGCUCAGAUUAUGAAAGCGAUUCUGAACAUUAAGAGUUUGUCUAAAACUUUUUCAAUCUCGUUUAGGAUAUUAAUAAAUGUAGUCUCUAUUUAUCAUAUCAAAGAUUGCCAAAUUCAGGCAUAGAGAAAUAGAACUGCUAAAUUCAUAAAAAAUGCUAAAGCGCGAAGAAGUAAUUAUUGUUAAACUCAUUAAUUUUAGAAGCUGGAUAAAUAAAUUUCAAAAUGCCAUAAAGUCUUGAUUAAAAUGUAUCAGAAAUAGUUUCAUUCAAUAAAAACUAAGCAGAGAAAUUAGUUAAGCCAAUGAGAAAUUAAACAAAAAAUUUGGAGAAUUCAUAAGUCGAACCUUUUAUUUGCAACGUCCAUUAAAUACUUAGAGAUAUCAAAUUGAAAUAAUAGAUCUUAAGAAAUGUUUAAAAAUAAGUUUAUUUGAAUUUAAUUGAACAUCACAAUAAAAAGCCUUCUAAAGUGUCACUAAGAACAAGCUGCUUACAUGUAUAUUUAGCAGAAAAAAUAUAUGCAGAUAAAAUAAAAGAUGCUGCUAUUAAUCAAACAAUCCAUGAAACUCCACAUAUAGUAAUCCCCUUGUUCAAAAAUAUACUGCAAACUAGAAAAGGAAGCAUGGAUUGA